AUGGGAGGCUCCCGCUGGCUGCUCCACUUCCUGUUCGUCUCCGUCCUGCUCCACGUUGUCCACUCCGGCCGGUCCCUGGAGUCCCAGUCGUGUGACCCCGCCGACCUGAAGGCGCUCCUCGCCUUCUCCGACGCCUUGGACAGCAAGCCCGCCGGGUGGGGCCCCGGCGACGCCUCCUGCUGUUCCUGGACCGGCAUCUCCUGCGAUCUCGGGCGGGUGGUCGCGCUGGAUCUCUCCAACAAGAGCCUCCACGGCGGCAUCUCCUCCGCGGUCGCCUCCCUCGACGGCCUAGCCACGCUCAACCUCUCCCGGAACGCGCUCCGUGGCGCCGCGCCGGAGGAGCUGGCCGGGCUGCCGAAGCUGCGGGUGCUCGACCUCAGCGCGAACGCGCUCUCCGGCCCGUUCCCGGCCGCUGCUGCCGUUGCCGGCGGCUUCCCGGCGAUCGAGCAGGUCAACAUCUCCUUCAACAGCUUCGACGGGCCGCACCCCGCGUUCCCCGCCGCGGCGAACCUGACGGCGCUUGAUAUCUCCGGCAACAUCUUCUCCGGGGGCAUCAACUCGUCCGCGCUCUGUCUUGCGCCGCUCGAGGUCCUCCGCUUCUCGGGGAAUGCCUUCUCCGGCGAGAUACCCAGCGGGUUGAGCCAGUGCACGGCGCUCACGGAGCUCUCUCUCGACGGCAACUGUUUCACGGGGAACAUUCCCGGCGACCUGUACACGCUGCCCAACCUGAGGAGGCUGAGCUUACAGGAAAAUCAGCUCACCGGCAACCUCGGCAAUGACCUUGGUAACCUCUCUCAGAUCGUGCAGCUUGAUUUGUCCUAUAACAAGUUCACAGGCUCCAUCCCUGAUGUCUUUGGAAAGAUGAGGUGGCUAGAGUCCGUAAACUUGGCCACCAAUAAGUUGGAUGGUGAAUUGCCUGCUUCCCUGUCCAGUUGUCCACUGCUGAGGGUAAUCAGCCUGAGGAACAACUCGCUGUCUGGUGAGAUUGCUAUCGACUUCAACUUGCUGCCGAAGCUGAAUACUUUUGAUAUUGGAACCAACAAUCUGAGUGGUGUUAUACCUCCUGGCAUCGCCGUCUUGCAACACCUGCCCAACCUCACAAGCUUGGUGCUCACCAGGAAUUUCCGUGGUGGCGAGACAAUGCCAGUGGAUGGCAUCAGUGGGUUCAAGAGCAUGCAGGUGCUCGUCCUGGCAAACUGUUUACUGACAGGCGUAAUUCCGCCUUGGCUGCAGAGCUUGGGAAGCCUCAAUGUGCUGGACAUUUCAUGGAACAAGUUAAAUGGGAAUAUCCCACCGUGGCUAGGGAAGCUGGACAACCUCUUCUAUAUUGACCUGUCAAACAAUUCUUUCAGUGGUGAGCUUCCUAUGAGCUUCACACAGAUGAGGAGUUUGAUUUCAACUAAUGGCUCGAGUGAGCGGUCACCAACAGAGGACCUCCCGUUAUUCAUCAAGAGGAAUUCAACUGGCAAAGGUUUGCAGUACAACCAAGUCAGCAGCUUCCCACCGUCACUUAUACUCUCAAACAAUCUGCUUGUUGGGCCGAUCUUGUCAAGUUUUGGUUAUCUUGUGAAGCUUCAUGUCCUGGACCUGAGCUGGAACAACUUCUCAGGGUCAAUCCCUGACGAGCUGUCAAACAUGUCGAGCUUGGAAGUGCUGAAUUUGGCCCACAACAAUCUCAAUGGGACAAUACCUUCGUCUCUAACAAAGCUGAAUUUUCUCUCCAACUUUGAUGUGUCGUACAACAAUUUGACCGGAGAUAUCCCUACCGGUGGGCAAUUCUCCACAUUCUCACCUGAGGAUUUUGAUGGUAACCCUACACUCUGCCUUCGGAAUUCUUCAUGCGUCGCGAAGGAUUCAUCUGUGGGAGCUGCACACAGUAAGAAAAGGAAAGCCGCCCUUGUUGCCCUUGGACUGGGAACUGCAGUUGGGGUUCUCCUCUUCUUGUUCUGUGCUUUUGUGAUCGUGUCAAGGAUUGUUCAUUCAAGAAUGCAGGAGCGCAAUCCAAAGGCUGUAGCAAAUGCUGAAGACUCCGAGUCUAACUCUUGCCUGGUGCUGCUUUUCCAAAACAACAAAGAAUUCAGCAUUGAGGACAUCUUGAAGUCCACCAACAACUUUGAUCAAGCUUAUAUAGUUGGAUGUGGUGGUUUUGGCCUUGUUUACAAGUCGACGCUGCCAGAUGGGAGGAGAGUUGCAAUCAAAAGGCUUUCAGGUGACUACUCUCAGAUCGAACGGGAAUUCCAAGCCGAGGUGGAGACACUUUCACGGGCUCAGCAUGAAAACCUUGUCUUGCUGCAAGGUUAUUGCAAGGUUGGCAAUGACAGGCUGUUGAUCUACUCAUAUAUGGAGAAUGGUAGCUUGGAUUACUGGCUUCACGAGAGGGCUGAUAGUGGGAUGCUGCUGGAUUGGCAGAAGAGGCUACGGAUUGCACAGGGUUCUGCAAGGGGGCUGGCAUACCUGCAUAUGUCUUGUGAUCCCCAUAUACUGCAUCGAGAUAUCAAAUCAAGCAAUAUCCUUCUAGAUGAGAACUUUGAGGCCCAUCUGGCCGAUUUUGGCUUAGCAAGACUCAUCUGCGGAUAUGAGACACAUGUCACAACAGAUGUGGUGGGAACCUUGGGGUACAUUCCUCCUGAAUAUGGGCAAUCACCAGUGGCGACUUACAAGGGUGACAUAUACAGCUUUGGCAUUGUUCUGCUCGAGCUACUCACUGGUCGGAGGCCUGUGGACAUGUGCAGGCCGAAAGGGACCAGGGAUGUGGUGUCAUGGGUGCUUCAGAUGAAGGAGGAGGGCAGGGAAACCGAAGUUUUCCAUCCAAGCAUACAUCACAAGGACAAUGAAAGCCAGUUGAUGAGAAUCCUUGACAUAGCGUGCCUUUGUGUGACUGCUGCUCCGAAAUCAAGACCAACAUCGCAGCAGCUAGUCGCAUGGCUCGACAACAUCGCAGAGGGCUGA